AUGCAAAACCAGAGCAAGGAAAGCCCGCGACCGCGGUAUGGCUAUUGUCUUACACAUGCGCAAAGUCAGUUCUCGUCCCCAGAGCCCUUCGUUUCUUGGUCACGUGGUUUUGAAACGAGGGGCGACGAGAUUUUACCCUCAGCAUGGAGAGAGGUUUGGUAAUUUUUGGUAAAAUAUAGUGUGUGCUUCCUUGCUGUUUUGGUUUUUCAGAACAAAGUAACAGAAAAGUAUACAAACUAGAAAAGUAUACAAACUAGAAAAGUAGACCAAGUAGCUUCUCGCUCACGCAGAGACUUGGGCUCCUGACUGGGCUUGUUUCUUUUUCUUUAGCCUAAGUGUAACUGCACCCCCCCCCCCACCUCCCACCCCGACGAAGAGAGGGAGCAAAUUGAAAGAAAUAAUCAAGUAAUUAAAUCAUAAUUGAAAAUGUGAGGCAAAAAUAAUAUUGGGAAUAUUGGGAAUGCUCUAGGCCAUGCCAUAAACUGAUAAAGACGUGGAAAUAAUAUGAUCGGUCGUUUGUUCAAACGUCACGAUUUGUAAUUUGUUGGAUUGCAUCAUCUGUUUUUCACUUGAAAUCAACAACUUAGGAGCGAAAUCGACAACUGCGGCCGGCCAGCCGGCGAGGUCUAAUGUAAUUCAAAUGUAUUCUGCUUCUGACUGGUGUUUGUAUUCUUUUCACUGACAGUUCGUGACGACGACUCCUUUUUAUGAAUAUUGCCUUCUACAGAAAGAUCUUCGGAUGAUUCAUCCAGAGCCACAGUGUCCGACUAGCGAAUAUUUUGAUUUGUCUGAUCUGGGAUUUAAACCGUGAGAACUUUAGGAGGGCUUUUGUCACGGUCAAUUCUACAAAAUUGAAAAGACGCUUAAAAUAGCCCAAGUCACCGAUCUGACCUCGAAUCACGCCAUCAAAUUUUGGUUGUUAUAUAACUGGGCGCAAUCAUUAUCGUCAAUGUCAUUGUGGUGAGAGCUGUACAUGGAGUAGACAUUCAAGCAGUGACUCCAUUGGCGGCAAGGAAAACUGAACGUCAAAACUACGACAAAACUGAAUUCUACGCAAUGCAGAGGUACGUAUCAACUAUUUUCCUGUGGCUCAUUUUCCUCUUGUAAUCUGUUAACACGCUAAACGGAUAAUUUCAGUAUCCCGGGGCUUACUUUUUGCUACAGGCUUCAAGCAUACGAUAACUCGUAACACAUACUUCUAGCAUUUAGAACUUGUUAAUAAAUCUGGUCUGCUCGAGUAAUAUCAUUCAUAAGGAAUAAGAAGACGUCCUUUCAUAAAAUGUAAUUGGAAAUUUUAUCACCUUGUUUAUAUACUAGAACAAUUUCGUUCAGCUGUCAUUUCUAGAGCUGUGGUUGAAAGAAGGUGAGCACUGAGAAAUGAACGUGCGAAUGAAAAAUCAAGCUUAUGGAACGAUUCGCAAGACAAGGAAGGUUCGCUUUUUAUUAUACGGUGUUCAGAUAAUUAGUUUCAUUGCGCAGAAGCCUUUGAUGUUUCUGUCCUGUCCUCGUCUGUUUAUUAAUCUCUCUACCGUAACAUUGCGGCCGUAUUUUCCCACGCUAGGAUAUAGUCCUACUAAUAAGGCAAACAGUUGUUUAAAAACCCAAACAAUAUUUGCCUCAAGUCAUGUAUCAGCAUUGUUAAUAUGCAUGCUGAAUUUGCGUACUUAUAUAGAUUUUUGAGCUGUUUUUGAGCCGUAAAUAACUGGCAUAAUGGUUAUUUGAUGUCAGAAAUCUGAAACGCUAAAUUGAACAACGUGCGAUCUCGCUGACCUAUGUACGGUGUAGGUCAACAAACAUGCAAUGACGCGCUUUUCAGUAAUGAUUAUGGGUGCCAUUUAACAUGCCUAAAGGAUAUUACGACUCCGCACAUGGAAUAAAUUUCUGCGUGAAAUAGACCACCCUGACCUGUAGCGUGUACACGGUAUUUUCCUUGGCUUUUUGAGCCAGACUCUCAGAAAACAAAAGAUUCGUUUUCAAUUUUGGCGACUUAUUAUAUACCAUAAUCAAAAAUCUCAACAAAAGCCUUUUAUGAUUGCUAAUCAAGACGCUUUACACUUAUCUUAAUUAGCAUGGCAGGUAACUCUUUUAGGCUCCGCAACACACGUGUUUUAACUUGGCCUCUUGUCAUGUCAAUUUCGGAAAUCCGAGGAAUUCGGGAAGAAUUACUAAACGGGUUAGUACCUGCUGUUCAAAACGCUGUAAUCGGUUCAAGUAGAGGUUAAAGUGGAUAGUAGCCCAUACUACCAGUGCUAGUCCCUAUUUUCGGAUUUUUGAUCAGUUGACACUGAAUAUCUUACUCGACCAGGUUUAAGCGAGUAAGCGGGAUUCCUUCAACCGUCUUAAAAACCGACCUCAAACAUAGAAAUACAAACAUCCCGAAACAUUAAGUAGUUGAUCCCAGUAUCAGCUUUCGUCCGUAAGUUACAUUAAAGAAUUGAUUGCCAAAUUUCAAACUUCUGAGCCCGAAGCAAAAUGGACAAAGAAGAAAACCUGUAUUUGUAGUACAUGUCUUUUUUUUUUUGCCUAAAAAGUUUUGAGUAGUGAAAAAGGCUGGAGCAGCUAGUACGUUACCAUAACCUGUAAGGCGUUUUUAGCGGGAGGGAUCGAGGGCUACAUACCUUACAAAGAAGGAAAGAGUUACAUCAUUAUACAUUUUCCAAUUACUACACUCCUCGUUUAAUAAAUUCCUCAUUACAAAUAAAAUUGCUGGCCAAGGUUGUACCAACACCACACUCGCAGCAUCCAAAAUGGAUAAACAUCACACUCGCAACGUUCGACUUUGUACCAGAGCUGCAAUAGUGUAAAAAGAAGUUCACCCAUUUCUGGAAACAAAGAUUGGAGUGAAAAAAUAGACAAUUUUGAAAUAAAAUUGUCACCAAAAGCCUGGACCUCAUUCCUCUGCUUUUUCUUUCUUGCAGUCAAAAGUUGAAGGGCUCUUCCUCGACAUCACGUGACUGCAUGAGACAGGCGCAAGAAGACUUUCAAGAGGCCGUCAAUAGAAGGGACAAGGCCGAGAUAAGCAGGUUAUUAAAAAAUGGUUUUAACAUAAACGCAUUAAACGAAGCUGGAGACACUCCACUGCACCAGUGUAUAAGGGAUGGAAAAACGGAAUCCGCAAAGCUAUUGGUCGAGUUCGGCGCUGACGUGAAAAGAACAAACAGAGAUGGCUGGUCACCAGCUCACCUCGCAACGUCGCUGGGCCACAGAGAUCUUCUGCUCUAUUUGAUAAUGCAUUCCAACGACAGAUAAUUCCGCCGGAACAAGCAAACUCAGAACAAAUGCUGACAUCAGUCAUUGUUCACGUGUUGUUGUGGUCGCUGGCUCCAAGGUGAUAUGCGACGGACAGCAAUAAAAAUUUUAAGUAUCAUAGACAACAACGUUUCUUACGUGGUCGUCUGUAUUUUGACCCGUAUUUUGCGCUUGGAUGAUGUCGAAGUGCAACACUAAAUUUGAAGGAAAAUUAAAGUCACUCAUCGCUGCCUUAAUUUUAUAAUAGUGCAUGAAAGUUCGCUUGAACGCUAAGAGGAUAAUGAUGUAAAUUACCACAACUGAUGUUAUAUUUUGAUCUUUUCCAGCUGCAUCAGUUGGACACUAAUUAGCCUUACUAUCACCUUUAAAUUGAAAAACAUGGCUCGUCACGCAGUCCUUCCAAUCGAUUGCGUGACGAAACAAAUUUGUAACCUAUUCGAAGCGGUCAGUUUGGGCCUCUUCUAAUGAGGCCGGUUGAUAAGGCUGGCCCGGUUACUGGGACCAAUUCUGGGUCCACGUGAGAAAUUUCUGCCCGAUUUCCGAGAUGAUAAAUGGCCGUACUAUGCUGGGGACGAGUUCUGU